AUGCCGUCUACACGCAGCCGUUCGUCUGCCAAACGGGUGGCAGAUGAGGCUCCAGAAACCAAUGGACGUUCUUCAGCAAAACGGUCGAAAUCGGCGCAAAAUGGGAGCUCCAACGGGUCUAAGGCUAACGGCGCCGAGUCCAAGGCUUCAAAGAAGGUUGAUAAGAAAGGGAAGAAAACAGCCAUGAUUCAAGGACAAGAUGACGCUAUGAUCAAGAAGUCGUUCCGUAAGGACCUCUUCUCUGAUGCCAAUGUUGUUUCCUUGAGAGAUUUCCACGAGAGUUCUGGGCCAUAUCAACAUUGUGUCAUCAAUAACUUGAUUUCAAAGCCUCUGCUACGCUCCGUGCGAGCCGAAAUCAUGGAAAAUAUUCACUUCACGCCCAAGCACACCGACAUUUACACUAUCUACCAAUCAGGCGACUUGGUCAACAUCUCUGGUCUCACUGAAGCUGAGCGCAAGCUUCUUCCAUCGCUCUCACAGCUUCGCGACGCACUCUACUCCCCGGUUUUUAGAGAUUACAUCGAACAAAUCACCAAUUGUGGAAAACUGAGUGGUUCAAAAGUCGACAUGGCGAUCAAUGUUUACACCAAAGGAUGCCACCUACUUUGUCAUGACGAUGUCAUCGGCACUCGUUGUGUCAGCUAUAUCCUAUAUCUUACAGACCCAGACGAUGCCUGGCAGCCGGAGUGGGGUGGUGGAUUGAGACUUUACCCAACAAACCCCGUGAAAGAUGAUGAAGGCAAGGAAAGCUUGAUUCCAACCCCGGAUUGGAGCUUGGAGAUCUCACCAGCGUCCAAUCAGCUCGCUUUCUUCGUUGUGCAGCCUGGAAAGAGUUUCCAUGAUGUCGAAGAAGUUUUCGUAGAUGGCAAGGCAAGAAUGGCGGUUAGCGGCUGGUUCCAUAUCCCGGUUAAGGGUGAGGAUGGGUAUGUUGAAGGUCGGGAGCAAGAAUUGGCAGAGAAGAGUAGUAUGAAGUUGUUGGAGAAGAACUUGGAGGUACAUGAUUCUCCAAAGGCUUCGAGGUCGGAUUAUCCUAAGGGGGACAAAGACCAAACUCUAUCCAAAGAGGAUUUAAAGUUCUUGAGGAAAUACAUCAACCCGACUUACCUUGAGGACAAGUCGUUGAGCAGCGUUGCUGAAAGGUUUUCGGAGACAAAAAAUGUUCAACUUCUAAAGAUUUUGGAUACCGCUUUCUCGGAAAAAUUAAAGGCUUAUAUUGAGGGCUUAGAUGCGACGGAGUUGAAGUACGACGGCGCGGCUAUCCCAGAAGAUACGCCAUCAUGGAAAGUCUCCGGCCCACCUUACAAGCAAAGAUUCUUGUAUACCCAGCCCGACCAUGAGAAGUUCAGUACAACAGCUGAUGAAUAUUUCUCCCCUCUCGAGGAGCUAUCGCACGUUCUCCUUCCAUCGGUAGCCUUUAAAAAGCUUUUGGCAAAGAUUACUGGAAAAGUAGCCGUCAAUCGGGAUAUAAUCGCCCGGAGAUUCAGGCCGGGGUUGGAUUAUACGCUUGGGUUAGGCCAAGAUGAUGAGACUCCCAGGCUCGAGGUCGUAUUGGGCCUUACACCGACUACAGGUGGAUGGGAUGUUCCUCUGGAGUCUGAGGAUGCAAUGGAAGAACAAGGCGAUGAGGAAGAAGAGGAAGGCGAUGAUGAAGAGGAUGAGGGCGAGGGUGGGAAGAAUGGUGAUGAGGAAGAAAUUAUAAUUGUUGCUGACGAGGACGAUGAGGAAGAGGACGAUGAUGACGAGAACGAAGAUGAGGAAGAUGAUGAAGAAAUGGGGGAUGCUGAAGAACAAAUCCUCGAUAAUUGGGGUGGCUACGAGGUCUACAUGUCUACCGGUGAUGGUAAAACAAAACACCCACGUAUUGAUGAUCCGAAGAACAAGGGCACCUCUACAUCUCACGAACUGGAUGAUUCGUAUGAUCCAGCCAUUGUUAGCACGGCUGCUUCGAGCGGUGAAGAUGGACUGAUGUUGCACCUUCCAGCUAGCUGGAAUUCGAUGAAUGUCAUCUAUCGGGAUACUGGAAUUAUGAGGUUUACAAAAUACGUUAGUCGAGCGGCGACUGGAAGCAGGUGGGAUGUUGGUGGUGUCUACCAGGUUGAAUAG